AUGCCUCCUAAAUUCGAUCCUUCUGAGGUGAAAAUCAUCUACCUUCGUGCCACCGGUGGUGAACUUGCCGCAUCCAGUGCGCUUGCUCCCAAAAUCGGUCCCUUGGGUUUGUCGCCCAAGAAGGUCGGUGAAGAUAUCGCCAAGGGCACCAAGGACUGGAAGGGUCUCCGUGUCACUGUCCAAUUGACCAUCCAGAACCGUCAAGCUCAGGUCGCCGUUGUCCCCUCGGCUUCCUCUUUGGUCAUCAAGGCUCUCAAGGAACCCCCAAGAGACCGCAAGAAGGACAAGAACAUCAAGCACACCGGCAACAUUGCCCUCGAGGAAAUCAUUGAAAUCGCACGUACCAUGCGAUUCAAGUCUUAUGCUCGUGAACUCAAGGGUACUGUCAAGGAGAUCCUUGGUACUGCUCACUCUGUUGGUUGCACCGUCGACCGUCAAAGCCCCAAGGCCAUCUGCGAUGCCAUCGAUGCUGGUGAAGUCGAAAUUCCCGAGAAAUAAACGAUUUGUGAACGCGGUGAAAUUUUAUCGAACAUUCUUUCAUUGCAUCCCCACUAACAAUAAUAAAAAUUUAAACGCAAGUCUUUGGAUCAGAUACAAUUGACACGCUUGGAUAAUGUGGACGGAUCUGAUUCGUCAACUACUGUGAAGCGAAAAGAAAGAGAACGCUGUGAGGUGAAUGCGGGAAAU